AUGUCGGUGAAACUCUCCAACAUAGAUAAACUAAAGUCUUUAUUAAAAGUCACUGUCAGUGGAGCUACACUAUUCACAGGUCUGAGUAUAUAUCAGGGUAACGAAAAAUUCUACGAUGAAGUUGUCAUGCCCUUGGUGAGGUUAGUUGACCCAGAGGUGGCUCACAACCUUGCUGUGACAGCUGCCAAGUACGGUUUGACACCCUCGCAAAAAUUCCAGGAUCCUCCAGGUCUCAAGACAACAUUAUGGGGAUUGAAUUUCCAUAAUCCUGUUGGAAUGGCAGCUGGAUUUGAUAAACAGGGAGAAGCUGUUCAGGGCCUGACGAGGAUGGGCUUUGGAUUCGUUGAAAUAGGUUCAGUGACCCCAGAUCCUCAGCCUGGUAAUCCCAAACCUCGAGUUUUUCGUCUGCCAGAGGACAAAGCAGUGAUUAACAGGUAUGGAUUCAACAGUGAUGGCCACGAGGUUGUUUACCAACGCUUGAAAGCCCUGAGGGAUGAUUCAUCGUUCACAGGAAUUAUCGGUGUAAACCUGGGAAAGAAUAAAACCUCAGACGACUCUAUAAACGAUUACUCGAGUGGAAUUAGAAAAUUCUCAGACGUAGCUGACUAUCUGGUGAUCAAUGUGUCUAGUCCAAAUACCCAGGGCUUGAGGGAUCUACAGAGUAAAAAAAAUCUGGAGGAAUUACUGUGUAGAAUCAAUGAAGUAAGAUCUUCGAUGGAUCGAAAGCCACCUCUUCUGCUGAAACUAGCUCCAGACCUCACUGAUUCAGAGUGUCAAGAUAUUGUGGAGGUCAUUCAGAAGAAUACAUCGAGAGUUGAUGGACUAAUUCUAUCCAACACUACGGUAUCUCGAGAACAUUUGAAGGGUGAGAGCCGAGGUGAGACUGGAGGACUCAGUGGAGCUCCUCUAACCGAUAAAUCUACCCUGCUGAUUGCCGAUAUGUACAAGAGAACAAAAGGGAAAAUUCCUAUCGUUGGAGUUGGUGGGAUUUUCGAUGGUAAUGAUGCUUAUGAUAAAAUCAAGGCUGGGGCCUCCCUCGUGCAGAUUUACACGUCCUAUGCUUAUCAUGGGCCUCCUAUUGUCCAGAAGAUCAAGAGGGAAUUAGAUGAUUUAAUUGCUCGUGAUGGGCACUCAAGUAUUGCUGAUGCUGUUGGUGGAGGGAAUAAAAGAUGAAUUGUUCUGCUGAUUGUUAUGGUUAAAAAUGUAUAUUGUACUGAAUAUUUAAGUUUUGAAUACCAAUGAGAGACCGGGAGUACUUGUA